UAUGAAUCCAGUGAUGUAUCCGGUGCAAAGUGUGCGUAAGUUUGUCUGCGAUCGUCUUACAGAAGCCGCUCAGGAAAUCCUGGGAGCCUUUGAGAAGAGAGUCGAAGGUUACGAGGUAGAAAUCGCUCGUCAGCGCAGACUUUUGGAGUCCGUGUUUCUGCCUGAGAUAAAGUUACAACGCGCAGAUCUUCUACAGAUAUCUCCCGGUGAAAACGGGCAGAUUCACCAAAACCAGCAGAACCACGAGUCAGUUCAGCAGAUUAAAGAUGAACAUGAAGAAAUACCCAUCAGUGAGCAACAGCAGCAGGAGACUGGCGGUUCUAAGUCGACUCCAGCUUGUGGUCCAAGUGUCUGCGGUGAUCAGUGUCAGCCUUCAGACUCCGACCAAACUCGGAGUGCAGCGAAUAAAGAUCCCCAAACCAACAUCUCAGAUAAAUCUGGAUCUGACAGGGAGAGUUCUUCAGAAAAACAGCUCUCCUCUCAAAACUCGCAUGAAGCUGACAGCCAAGAUCACAUGACUUGUAGCCCUGGAAGUGCAACACCAACAAGAGAUGAUGAGUGUGUGCCAGAUCCGGAAAGCUAUGACGAGAACACAGCAUCAACUGUGAAUACUGAGCAGUCACUGGAUAAGAGAAGCAAUGAAGAAGACACAACAUUAGCUACAAAUAAUGAGCAGUCAUCAGAUAAGCAAAGCAAUGGAGAGAACAUAAAGUUGACUACAGGCACUGAGAAAACAUUAGAUAAAGAAAAUAAUGAAGCACACACAACAUCAACCAGUAGAAUGGAGGCAACAAUGAUUGAGAAAUCUAACAGUGAGAUGACAGAAUCAGCUGCAAGUACUAAGCAAAGACCAAAUAAGAGAAGCAAAAAGACGAUGACAGCAACUAGAAGCUCCAGCCGAACGCCUAGUAAGAAGCAGGGUGAUGAGAAUCCUCCAGAAAAUGUAAAUAGUGAGUCAACACAAAACAUGAAAAGCCAGGAUGGGAGACCAACCUCAACUGGAAGUGAGAAAAGCGAUGGUAACAUCCCAGGACUAACAAGAAGCAUGAAACUAACGGCAAACAAGAAACUUGACCCAAAAAAGAACGGUGAUAGUGAUCAGAAACCAUCAAAUACAAGUGCUAAUCCAACAACAAAAAGGACACCCAGCGACAGAAAAUCAGCAUCAAGUAGAAGUACCCCAAAAACAGCAAACAAGAACUAUACUAAUGAGAACUCAAGAUCAAAUGAAGAUACUGAGCCCGAUGCUAAAUGUCAUGAUGACACAACAACUGCAAGUACUGAGCCGAAGAGAAAUAAGAAAACGAAUGAGAAGACAGAAGCUAAUGGAGGCACGGAUCAGACAGCAAAUAGUAAACCCAAUGAGGGGAACGCAACAUCAACUUCAAGCACUAAACCGGCACAAAGUAAGAAACGCAGUGAUGUGAAGGCAACCUCUGCUGGAAACAAUGAGCCAACACAAAAUCAGAAUGGUAAUGGUGAGAACACAGCAGCCACUGAAAGUACUGAAUCAACACCAAAUAAGAAACAGAGAACAUCAACUCGAAGCAAUGAGGGAACAACAAAAAAGAAACCUAACAGUGAAACCAAAAUGUCAGAAAGAAGUAAAGAGGCGUCACUACUUGAGCAAAAUGAGGAAAGUGCAACAUCAAGUAGUGAUUCAGCACAAAAGAAUAUACACAAGGAUGAGAGUAUCGCAUUAAGUACGGAUGGUAAUGCAGCUGGAAAAGCCAAGAACGAUGACAACCCCUACAAGUGCGACAGGUGCGGUAAAGUAAAGAGCAAUUUCAAAAACUACAAAUUUCACAUGAAAUCUCACACUGUCGAAAAGAAAUUCAAGUGCCACAUUUGUGGGAAAAAAUUCAGAGAGAGUUGGUAUUUGAAUAAUCACAUAGAAACUCACUCUACUGAGAGGCCUUUCCAAUGUGACGUUUGCGGAAAGAGAUUCCUCCGGCGUUACAACCUGGACCUCCAUCUUAGGGUUCACACCGGGGAGAAGCCGUUCAAAUGCAAUACUUGCGGGAAAAGCUUCAGCGCUCCUGUGAAUUUGAAGAAGCACAUCAGAACCCACACUGGUGAGAGACCUUACAGAUGCAGUGACUGCGGGAAAGGGUUUACAGAUUGUACCUCCUUCAAAAAUCACCGGCGAGUGCACACAGGGGAAAAGCCCUUUAAAUGUACGUAUUGCAAGAAAAAAUUCGCCACAGGGACGACUUUGAAGAUUCACAUCAGGACACACACGGGUGAAAGACCAUACAAGUGUGAUGUGUGCAAUAAGAUGUUUGGUCACAAAACAGACCUGAAACAGCACGUGAGGUUGCAUACUGGGGAGAAGCCUUAUGAAUGCAGCAGUUGUGAGGAAAAGUUUUCCACCUGGUUAAAACUCCACAAACAUAAGCGUGUCCACACGAGUGAUGCACAAAGCUCCUCUAAAUAGCACGUCUGCAUCCUGUUAAUGAUAGAAGUCGACAACUCAGUCGCAAAUCAUGCAUCUUGAGGUAGUGGAAUAUCACACAACUCAAAAUAGUGUUUUCAAUGCAUUUAAGUUUUGGGGGUUUUUUUGCCUUGAACUUCAACUUUUUUGAGUUUUGGGAUUUGUUGUUUGUUUUUUUUUUGGGGUUUUUUUGCAUAUUCACUGUAUUUUUCAGCUGGAUUUGGUCUCAAAGGUUGAAAAAAACUGCUACAAGUGAAAAGUUAAAUAUCACUCCAGGGGGGUUGGUUUGAGUACUUUAUAUAGGAUUUUUCAGAAUUUAUCCAGUGCCAAAACACUCCACAGCAGUUUAAUAGCAAAAUGACAAUCAUUUUAUUGACAAUUGUGACAUAACUACUGUAGGUUUACAUUUUUAUUUGUGCCAAUCAGGAAUAUGACAAUGUAUUUGACUGUCCACUGUAGUUCUUAUUUUUUUCCUCUUUUUUUAUUGCUGAUUUGUAGGGUUUUGAAUUGUAUUUUUGGGGGCUGAGCUGCACCUUUGCACACUCUUGCAAGCCAGUCUUAUGAUAGCGACUCAAGAACAAUACUUCAUUGGUGAAUUUUUUAUAGUGGCACCUUAAUAUGAUCUAAAGUACCACCACAUUUUCCUACAAGUGUUAACAGUAGAUAAAGAAAACCCAAUAAUGAGAUAAAAAUACUGGAGCAUAUUUUGCCAUUUAUCAAUUGAGAAAAAUGAUCCGGUAUUACAUAUGUGAGUUCACAAACUGUCAGGCUGAGCUGUAUUCUGUAUAUGUGGCCACGUAUGUCUUAGGGAGACUUAAUUUUAAAGAAUGCUCAAGUUGAUAUAACUAAAUGUAUUCCCAUGUCUGGUGUUUACCAAACCUCUUAAUAUGUCAUUUUCUAUGAUUAAUCUCAGGAAUAAAGUUUGUUUUUUUAUUACAUAAAAAGAAAUUUUCCAUAAAAAUAACAAAACAGUAAAUAUAUUUGAACAUUUGGCUUUUGUUUUAAAUAUAAUUAGAAUGAAACAAAUAAAAACUGGAGAGUGCCACAAUGUCAAACACAAAUCCCACAGUUUUGUGCCUUGCAAAAUUUCAUGACAGAGAUGAUUGAUUUGAGAAUAUAUUGUCUGUGUAUGUUUUUUAAAAGAUAUUAUUGAUUGUACCAGAUCAAAGAGAGAAUGAGACACUGAAUAUUUGAUACCUUAACUUCUUGCUAAUGAGCUUAUGUAAAGGUUUUUUUCUUACUGUUUUUCUAAUGUACAAUAUUUCAAAGCAAUAAAAACAAUGUAAGUGAUUUUAAAAAUAA